CAGUAAUGGCAAGUGACAGACAGUGAGGAAGACGAGGCGAAACUUUUGUAGCUGCUGUUGUUAUUUCUGCUAAUUUAUCUUUGGCAGCAGCGGCGGCAGGACCGUGUUGUUUAUACCGCGACAGGGAUUUAGCGCCGUCGUCGUCGUCUAAGUGACCGUUUCUCGGUGGUGGUCGCUUGGUGUCGAAGUGACUCGAAACGCCAGAAGUUUGUUCGACUUCGAGUGAAAUAAACAGUGGCCGCAGAGGAGAAACUAUGACCAACAGAGAAGACGAGUAUGACUACCUCUUCAAAGUGGUGCUGAUUGGAGAUUCGGGUGUAGGAAAGAGUAACCUGCUGUCCCGCUUCACCCGCAAUGAGUUCAACUUGGAGAGCAAGAGCACCAUUGGGGUGGAGUUUGCCACGCGCAGCAUCCAGGUAGAGGGCAAGACCGUGAAGGCUCAGAUCUGGGACACAGCCGGACAGGAGCGAUACCGAGCAAUCACUUCUGCGUACUACCGUGGAGCAGUUGGAGCUUUGUUGGUUUACGACAUUGCUAAGCACCUGACUUACGAAAAUGCCGAGCGCUGGCUGAAGGAGCUGCAGGACCACGCAGACAGCAACAUAGUCAUCAUGCUUGUGGGCAACAAAAGCGACCUGCGCCACCUAAGGGCAGUGCCCACAGACGAGGCCAAGGCCUUUGCAGAGAAGCAUGACUUGUCUUUCCUGGAAACGUCAGCAUUAGACUCAUCCAAUGUGGAGCUGGCUUUCCAGAUGAUCCUCACAGCCAUCUACAACAUCGUGUCACAGAGGCAGAUGUCAGGACGGAGCGACUCUGACUUUUCACCAGCCUCCAAUGUCGUGCCCAUCACGGUUGAACCAACUCAAAGCUCCUCCAACAAGGGUGUCUGCUGCCAGAGCAACUGAGACUUUACCACGGGGCCGCCUCCUUCACCGCCAGGCAAAUGGAGAGGGCCAGAUAGACAAAGACAGACAGAUGGACAGGGAAAAUGGAGAGACAGGUGGACAGGCCAGAAUUGAUUCACAGUCCUAAUGAAAAUUAAAUACAUUAUAAGGUCCCUUUUGUAUCUCAUCACAAUUUCUGUCUUUGCAAACUGUCCUGCCUUUGAAAGCUCUAUUUUACAAGGUAGUAAAUGCUUCCUUUCAGUUUCCCACUCUUGGGAUAUUGGGCAGUAAAAAUCCACUUUCAAAAGACU